GUGGCCGCCAGGGGCAGCAGAGCCACUGUUUACAGGCAGAGAGCAGGAGGCUGCACGAGCUGUGGACGCGUGGAAACCGGAGGUCGCGAGAGAAGCUCGUGUAAAGUUGUUGAAACUCGCAGGUGAAGCGGUUCAGGUCGCGUGGGUCUCAUGGUGACACUCCAGCCGCUGCCAGGUAACGACUCGCCGGCUCCAGAGCGUCGAUCCGGCCGGUAAAGCCCCACAUUCCGCCCGCUGACUCCUGCAUGCUCGCUAGCUAGCUAACAGUUAGCUGCAGGAGCUACUCGGCUAGCUGGCUAGCGAGGUCCAGCCCCAGGAAAAAGUUGUUUACCUCAAGUUGUGGCCGUGGUCGCCCCCCGAGCUUCCCACGACUUUUCUCCGGGACUAGAGGAGCAGGACCACCGCCUCACACUGGAUUUAACACUGCGAGCUGUUAGGAAACUAGCAGGAUGUCCGCAGAGGUCGAGAGCAGCCAGGUCGACUCCGGUUUGACAGCGGAGAAGAACCAAAACAAGUCCGAGGCGCAGAGGGAGCAGCCGGGGCAGAGGGGCUCCGAGAAGCCGCCGCAGGACGGCUCCGAGGCGGACAGGAGCCCCGCGGACACCCACAGGAAAUGCAACGAAAACGACAAGGAGAACGACCAGGGCGGCGACGCGGACGCGGCUGUGGAGGCGGUGAAGGGGCAGGUCGUGGAGGCUCCGCCGCCGAAAGUCAACCCGUGGACGAAGCGGACCACGGGCCGGGUCGCCAUCAACACCAUCGGCCCCCAGGAGAGAGAUCAACAAAACGCUCUGAAAGUCGUCCGUGCCAGCAAACCCAGGACGAGGAAGUCCAGCAAGUCGAGUGACUUCAGCGAUAUCACAAACUGGCCCACACCUGGUGAACUGGCCAAAGAGCAGCAACAAAAUGUCCUCAACAACAACGGAAAGAAGCCUAACUCCUCUCGCAGAGAGAAGGAGAAGAGGAGGGAGCGGCCGGAGAGGAAAUCGGAGAGCAGCCACGACGGGGGUGAGAGCAAAGAGAACCAGGAGGCUCAGCUGGACCUGCUGGGAGAGCUGCCCAAAGACGGAGAGUCCAAGGCGGGACAGGACGCCAAGAACGCCAGCCUGAAGAAGCGAGGAGGCGAGGGUAACAAACGUAAGUGGGUUUCUCUGCCGCUGGAGGAAGCGUCCCGGGACGACGGCGACAAGACGCCCAGUGGGGCCCCCACGCGCUCGGACGCAGAGCCCAACAGCGACUCCCCUGACCCCACGUCGCCCAAUCACACGCUCCAUAAUAACAGGCCGCAUGAUAGCAGCAGGAGUUGGAGAAGUGGCCCUCGGGACUUUGGUGACGAGGCCGCCAGCGUCAGAAGCGACAGUGGCAGCGUUCGUGGAGGAAUACGAGGCCGAGGGAAAGGUCGUGGGCGCGGGAGGGGUCGCGGACGAGGUCGUUAUGAAUUCUCUCAGAGCUUCAGAGACUCUCAGUCAUCUGACGGCUCUGCUCAGGCCGAGUUCGGCUCCAACAUGGUUUACUAUUACGACGACGGCAGCAAGGUCCAGAUGUACACGGUGGAUGAGAAGCUCCUGAAGGAAUACAUCAAACGUCAAAUCGAGUACUACUUCAGCCUCCACAACCUGGAGCGAGACUUUUUCCUGAGGAGAAAGAUGGACGUGCAGGGCUUCCUCCCCAUCUCCCUCAUCGCCAGCUUCCACAGAGUCCAGGCCCUGACCACCGACGUCGCCCUCAUCAUGGAGGCUCUGAAGAACAGCACAGAGGUGGAGCUGGUGGACAACAGAGUUCGCUGUAAAACUGAGCCGGAGCGUUGGCCCAUCCCGACCCCCACCGUCGUGGGUUCCCCCCGGACCGACUUCUCCCAGCUCAUCAACUGCCCCGAGUUCGUCCCUCGUCAGACGCUCAGCUCCACAAACUCCGCUUCUUCGCCCGUGAAGGAGACGCCUCCUGAGUCCGCCGAGUCUCAGGACUCAGCGGAGGCCGACUCCUCGAGCCAGGAGUCGCUCCCCACCGCGGACGCCUUUGAAGACCCCCCCGCCCCCAAACCGGACCCCGAUGCCUGGAUCCAGGUGGAGAAACGCCACAAACAGCCGUCAGGAAAGGCAAAGCGUGUCAGUGAUGAUGUGUGUGUUGUAGACUCCUCCCCUCCCUCAGCGCUCCCACCCGAUCACCUCCCCUCUGCAGGCGACAGUAAGACGCCCCCCAGCCACAAAGCUCCCGCACCAGCCGAGCCCGAUCAGGAGGAGCUGGACUUCCUAUUCGACGAGGAAAUGGAGCAGAUGGCGCCCAGGAAGAACCAGUUCACCGACUGGUCGGACGAGGACAACUCGGACUACGAGCUGGACGACCAAGACGUCAACAAGAUCCUCAUCGUCACCCAGACCCCUCCCUACAUGCGUAAACACCCCAGCGGAGACCGGACGGGAAACCACGAGUCCCGUGCUAAGAUCACUACCGACCUCGCCAAAGCCAUCAAUGAUGGACUGUACUACUAUGAACAGGACCUAUGGACGGGAGAGGAACAAGUCGAGUGCAUCAAGCCGGAAGCGGAGAAUUUCAAGAAGCUGAGCGUCAUUUCUAAAGAUGAGUUUGACACUCUCACCCCCAAAGUGCCUGUUGACCCGAACCAGGAAGUGCCACCUCCCCCGAUGCCAGUGGACAGCGCAGCAGAACUGUCUCGCUCUCUGCCCACAACGGUCCCGGAGUCACCCAGCACUCACGAGCCGCGAACCCCCAGAACGCCUCGCACCCCCGGACGCCAGGAUCCUAACAAGACACCGCGCUUCUACCCGGUGAUGAAGGAGAGCGGCACCAUCGAUGGACAGACGCCGAGGAAGAAGAAGACACGCCACAGCUCCAACCCUCCACAGGAGGCUCACAUCGGCUGGGUGAUGGACUCCCGUGAGCACCGGCCGCGCUCCGCAUCCAUCAGCAGCUCCAACGCGUCUCCGUCAGAAGGAGCUCCGCUGUCGGGAAGUUACGGCUGCACCCCCCAGUCUCUGCCCAAGUUCUGGCAUCCAUCCCACGAGCUGCUGAGGGACAACGGCUUCACCCAGCAGGGUUACCACAAGUACCGCCGACGGUGCCUUAACGAGAGGAAACGGUUGGGAGUGGGUCAGUCACAGGAGAUGAACACCCUGUUCAGGUUCUGGUCCUUUUUCCUGAGGGACAACUUCAACAGGAAGAUGUACGAGGAGUUCAAACAGUAUUCAGUGGAAGACGCCAAAGAGAACUACAGGUCAGCUGUACGGUCUGGAGAAGUUCUGGGCCUUCCUGAAAUAUUCAAAGAUGAGGAACCAGCCCAUCGACCCGAAGCUGCAGGAGCACCUCUCCCAGUUCAAGAACCUGGAGGACUUCAGGGUGGUGCCCCCGAUGGGAGAGGAGGGCGGCAGGAGGAGACGUCACUCGUCCUCGGCCGGGGACGAAGGGAGGCGUCGGCGACACCCUUCCAACACUACCUCAAAGCCCACGCAGGCGUCUAAAUCCUCCGGUGCUGCCGCUCAACCCGCCGCCGCCGCCGCCGCUGCUGCUGCUGCCGCCACCGCCGCUGCUGCUCAGAACGCACCCAAAGAAAACGCCCAGAAAUCCGCCGCUGGAGCGAGCGCCCAGCCGAAGAAGACGGACUCCGGGGCCGGGAAGAAGCAGAGCGCUGCACCAAAUAAAUGAAGCUCCCUCUCCGCAGGCGUGGGUUUGGAUAGAAGAGGUGCGGAGCGAUGCGGCUCCGAGCUCUGGAGUUUGCUGUUUUCAGCGGCAGACCGUCAGGGUGUGGAGAGAGACUGAGCGUGGUUGACUUCAUUUGAUUGUUUUUAUCAGUGCAUUUCAUUUUAAAGCAAGCAAGCAAGCAUAGGCAGUGAGCUUGAAUCUGUGCAGCUCAUUAUGUUUACAGAAAAAAAAAAAAAAAUGCAUUCCCUGCAUUUUGCCUUUUGUUCUCUCAGAUGCCAAACGCUUCAACAAGUGAGUCGACCUCCACAACCCGUCGACCGCUCUGGUCUGUGACGAGGUGUUGAACUGUGAUUCUAGUUUGCCAAGAUAAGAGAUGCUGCAGAUUUGUCUUGUGUGCCUUAAAUCUGACUCACCAGGACAUCGGAGGACGAUUGGUGACAAAACACAAAGUCCAAAUUCUGUUUUUUUUUUUUUUUUUUUUUAAAGUCUUCCCAGGUGAUGAUUUGGGGUUUUAAUGUUUUUCAACGUGACCACCACUCACAUUUUUACUAUUUUUUUUGUUUGUUUUUUUGGCAUAAAUUUCUUCACCUUCUUCAUCGUGACAAUCAAAGUCGACAUCUGCGGUCGUACGUUUGUGGGCCGACCCUCGAGGCUGUUGCUCCGCGACAGAUGUGGCCUGAUGUUUCUUGGUCUGACUGACAGACAUCACAGCUGAACCAUCGCAUCGGUUUUUUAAUUCAAACCUGGGAAAAAUGACAAAUUCAUCUGGGAAGCUUUACUUACUUUAAGUCCCGUUUUACACCCAGAGGUAGAAUAAUUUAUUGUUUUGUUUUUAUUUUUCCUUUUACUUGAUUGAUGGAAUAGUCUUAGGUAAUCGAUGCAGUUUUAAAUAGCUUUUGCUAUUGACUAUGAUGAAAAAAAAAAAAAAAAGAAGAUAUUUCUGCUGGAAUUAUGGGUGUGAGCUAGCUUCAUAAAAAAAACUACAAUAUAUUUUAGCUUGAAGUUUACUUCAUAUUAUGUUUGAGGCUUAGUGCUCUAGAGCACUUUAAUCAUUAACUUUCCUUUACUUCAUCAGUGGACUUAAAGAGAAGAUUUAGAGUUGAAUUUAAAGAAAAAAAUGUAAAUACUAUAAAAAAUCAUUUGCUAUUCAAUUAUCCUUUUGAUUUUAAGAAGUGAUUUGUUUUAUCGGUAAUGUGGUUUUUUUUUUUUGAGUGUGUUUUAGGACAAAGCAACGCAUGUCGAUGAAUUGUAAAAUGCAAAAAAAUAUAUAAAAUAACACUUGAUUGUACGA